AUGGCAGAGGCACAUGAACACUCGAUACCGCGCAAGUUGUGGGAGCAUCCUGAUCCCAAGAGCACGCAGAUGUGGAAGUUCAAGACGAGUCUGGAGAAUGCCACGGGCCGGAAGUUUGAGAACUACGACGAACUCUACGACUACUCCAUCACCCAGAACUCCGACUUCUGGAGGCAUGUCUUCCAAUACUUCCCUAUCGUGUACAGCGGAAAGAUCCCCAACCCGGUCGUUAACGAAACUGCGCGGAUGGACUCGAUCCCGCGCUGGUUCCCGGGCGUCACGAUCAAUUUCGCCCAGAACAUCCUUUUCUCGGGAGACGGACAUGGAAACCCGGUCAUCGACGCCGCCAAAGCCGACGACAAGAUCGCCUGCACCGAGGUGCGAGAGGGCAGCUUCCUUGAACCGAUCCAUCACGUGUCCUGGAAGGAACUGCGGCAGAGGGUGGGCACGCUGUCACAGGCGAUGAGAGCCCGAGGGGUCAAAAAGGGCGAUCGCAUCGCCGUGGUCGCCAGCACCAGCGUGGACACGUUGACGGUGUUUCUGGCGACCACGGCGCUGGGCGGGCUGUUCAGUUCCAGCUCCACCGACAUGGGCGUCAAGGGCAUCUUGGACCGGCUGACGCAGAUCAAACCCAAGUAUCUCUUCAUGGACGACUGGGCCGUGUAUAACGGCAAGACCAUCGACCUGCGCCCGAAGAUGAAGGACGUCAUGGCCGGCAUGACUGGCGUCGCCGAGUUCGAGGGAAUCAUUCCACAGGUCCGCUUCGCCCAUUCGCCGGCUGAUGUCUCGGCGGUGCCGCGGGCGCAGACGUGGGCCGGCUUCAUCUCUGCCGCCAAAUCCUCCGAUCUGGAAUUCGAGCCGACCGCCUUCUCGGAUCCGUUUUUGGUCGUCUAUUCUUCCGGCACUACGGGACAGCCGAAAUGCAUUGUCCAUGCCAUUGGCGGCGUGGUCAUCAAUGCUCAUAAAGAAGGCGUGCUGCAUCGGUCCAUAGGGCCGGAGUCGACCCAGCUCCAGUACACGACGACCGGUUGGAUCAUGUACAUGACUAGCCUGCAGGCGCUGCUGAUGGGAUCCCGCAUCGUCCUCUACGACGGUAGCCCCUUUGUGCCGCAUCUCACCGAUUUCAUCAAGUUGUUGGGUCAGGAGAAGGUGACGCACCUGGGUAUCAGUCCGCGCUAUCUGCAGACCUUGCAGUCGAACAACGUCAUCCCAAAGAAAGUGACUGACCUUAGUCAUCUGAAAGUCGUGACGAGUACGGGUAUGGUACUUGCGGACCAACUGUUUGAAUGGUUUUAUGAUCAAGCCUUCCCGGCUUCGGUCCACUUGGACAAUAUCUCAGGGGGCACGGAUUUGGCUGCUUGUUUCGGCUGCGGCAACCCCAUUGUCCCUGUAUAUGUGGGCGGAUGCCAGUCUCGCGCACUCGGCAUAUCGGUAAAGGUCUACGACCAGACCGUUGAAGGCGGCAAAGGUGUCAAGGGCGUCGAGGUGCCAGAUGGUGUGCCGGGUGAACUGGUCGCAGAUAAAGCGUUCCCAACCAUGCCGGUCACGUUCUAUGGCGAUAAUGGGCCGCAACGGUACUUCGACAGCUAUUUUGCACGUUUCGACAAUGUUUGGACCCACGGCGACUUCAUCAUGAUCCAUCCUGUCACGAAACAGGUCUUCUUCCUCGGCCGCGCCGACGGCGUCCUCAACCCCAGUGGUGUACGUUUUGGUUCUGCUGAGAUCUACAGCAUCAUCGAGGCCAAAUUUGCCGAUCGCAUCAGCGACAGUAUCUGUGUCGGACAGAGGCGGCCGCAGGAUGUGGAUGAGCGAGUCAUGUUAUUUUUGUUGAUGAAACCGGGCCAUCAAUUCACGCCGCAGUUGGUGAGAGAGGUCAAAGAGGCGAUCCGAAAAGCCACGAGUCCGCGGCAUGUGCCUAAGUUUGUGUUCGAAACCAAAGAAAUCCCGACAACCGUCAACCUUAAGAAGGUCGAAUUGCCGGUGAAACAGAUUGUGUCUGGGAAAGUCAUCAAGCCAUCUGGGACAUUACUGAACCCGCAGAGCCUCGACUAUUACUAUCAGUUUGCAAAAGACGAGAAUUUAGUGGACCUGGCAGAACCCAAGGCGCGACUUUGA